CUAGCAAGCGCAGCCCUGCCCAGCCUGCCAGCCGCGCGUCCCGGUGCCCGCGCCCCACGGCCACAGCCUUGUUGCGCUAUAGCGCACGGAGCAUGUGCAGAUUCGUAGGCUCUAAGGUGCUAUUUGUCCGAGGGGCUUCUGGGCAGUGGUGACUGUCGCGCCGAGAGAGACCUUUCGGGGGCUCUCGCUGCGCCUUUGCUGCGUCGCGGGUGACACUGCGGUGCUCGCAAGCAGGGUGGCAACCGCCUCUCGGUGAAGACGUCUUCGGCUCCGUGCGCCUUCUCUCUCCUUCCUCGGCUGCUCUCUCCUUCCCUCGCCCGUUCACACUCGCAGCCUUCAAAGCGGGACUUGUGCGUUCCCGCCGCUUCUAUCUCUUCCAAAGGGCCUUCCUCACUUCGGAGAUGCAAUGACAAGUUAAUAUGGGCGUCCAAGUCUCGGUUUCCCAGGAGGAAAAUUGCCAGAGGCAGCAGUCCCUGAACGCCCAGAGCUCUUGAACAGGCCGCCCUGAAGGGGCGUGAGACCCGGCUGCAGCAUCUGUCCAGGUGGGACCCACUGAACCCAGUGACCAGUCCCCAACCUCAUCCCGGCACCCAGAAGGCGCGCUCGUCCGAUUGUUCGGAGCUCCCCGACCCGGGGAUCCUUUUUUUUCUUCCGCUGGUGGUGGGCGCCUCGCGGGCCGAGGCCCGGCGCCUGCUCUGCUGCCCGCGCUGCCUUUAGCGGUAGCCUCCGCCGCCGCUGCCAGGGACGUGCUGGGAAAGCCGAAUCCCCGGGAGAAGAUGCCGGCCAUCCUGGUAGCCUCCAAAAUGAAGUCGGGACUGCCCAAACCCGUGCACAGUGCUGCGCCCAUCUUGCACGUGCCCCCGGCCCGGGCUGGCCCUCAGCCCUGCUACCUUAAGUUGGGAAGCAAGGUGGAGGUGAGCAAGACCGCCUACCCCAGCCAGAUCCCGCUGAAAUCGCAGGGGCUGCAGGAGCCGGCAGGGGAGGGGCUCCCGCUGCGGAAGAGCGGCUCAGUGGAAAACGGGUUCGAUACCCAGAUCUACACGGACUGGGCCAAUCACUAUCUGGCCAAAUCUGGCCACAAACGUCUCAUCAAGGAUCUCCAGCAAGAUGUGACCGAUGGCGUCCUCCUGGCCCAGGUCAUCCAGGUCGUGGCAAAUGAAAAGAUUGAAGACAUCAAUGGCUGUCCGAAGAACAGAUCGCAAAUGAUUGAAAACAUAGAUGCCUGCUUGAAUUUCCUGGCAGCUAAGGGGAUAAACAUCCAGGGGCUGUCUGCAGAAGAAAUCAGGAAUGGGAACCUCAAGGCCAUUCUAGGCCUCUUCUUCAGCCUCUCUCGCUACAAGCAACAGCAGCAGCAGCCCCAGAAGCAGCACCUCUCCUCCCCCCUGCCGCCCACUGGGUCUCAGGUGGCUGGGGCCCCCUCCCAGUGCCAGUCUGGCACUCCUCAGCAACAGGUGCCAGCCACUCCCCAAGCCCCGUGCCAGCCUCACCAGCCAGCGCCACAUCAGCCCUCAAAAGCACAAGCCGAAAUGCAGUCCAGACUUCCGGGUCCUACCGCGAGGGUAUCCGCUGCAGGCAGCGAGGCCAAAACACGUGGAGGGUCAGCCACUGCUAACAACCGGCGCAGCCAGAGCUUUAACAACUAUGACAAGUCUAAACCCGUCACCUCCCCACCCCCACCCCCACCGCCAAGUAGCCACGAGAAAGAGACCGUGGAGAAACUGAGGCAGUUUAGAAGAUUCUUCAGUAAAAGGCAGACCUCUGCUUCAAUCUUGCCAGAACCAUUGGCAAGCUCAGCCUCCUCCCACCCCGGAAUGAGCGAAAAUGCACCUGCUUCCUUGGAGAGCAGCAGCCCCUGCAUCCUCUCUAAUUCCAGCACCUCCUCAGCCAUCCCCCAGCCCGGUGCAGCCUCCAAGCCCUGGCGCAGCAAGUCGCUGAGCGUGAAGCACAGUGCCACAUCAUCCAUGCUGUCCAUGAAGCCCCCGGGGCCCGAGACCCCAAGGCCCACACCAGAAGCCAUGAAACCAGCCCCCAACAACCAGAAGUCCAUGCUGGAAAAGCUAAAACUUUUCAACAGUAAAGGGGGCUCCAAGGCAGGCGAGGGCCCAGGGUCCCGGGACACAAGCUGUGAGCGGCUAGAGAUCCUACCCAGCUUCGAAGAGAGCGAAGAGCUGGAGGCUGCUGGCCGUGCGCUGUCCUCCACAGGCUCCACGUCCAGCAGCCCCAAGAUCGCACUCAAGGGCAUCGCCCAGCGGACUUUUAGCCGGGCACUGACCAACAAGAAGAGCUCUCCAAAAGGCAGUGAGAAAGAGAAGGAGAAACAGCAGCGGGAGAAGGAGAAGGAAAAAGGCAAAGACCUCACCAAGAGAGCCUCAGUGACAGACAGGCCAGACCUCAAGGAGGAACCCAAGGAGGAGCCCAGCGGAACAGCUAUGACCGAGAUGCCAAAAAAGUCCUCCAAGAUCGCCAGUUUCAUCCCCAAAGGGGGGAAGCUCAGCAGUGCCAAGAAGGAGGCCGCAGCCCCUUCCCAUAGUGGAAUACCAAAACCAGGAAUGAAGAGCACGCCCGGGAAGUCCCCAAGUGCCCCUGUGCCUCCCAAGGAAGGGGAGCGGAACCGGAGCAGCAAGCCGGGCUCGGGUCUCCCCCCACAGAAGCCGCAGUUGGAUGGCAGACACUCCAGCUCCUCCUCCAGCCUGGCGUCCUCAGAGGGAAAAGGCCCAGGAGGGGCCACUCUGAACCACAGCAUCAGUAGCCAGACUGUCAGUGGAUCCGUUGGGACCACCCAGACCACGGGAAGCAAUACCGUCAGUGUCCAGCUACCUCAGCCACAGCAGCAAUACAACCACCCCAACACUGCCACGGUUGCACCUUUCCUGUACAGGUCCCAGACGGACACAGAGGGGAAUGUCACGGCCGAGUCCAGCCCAGCCGGUGUGAGCACAGAGUCCAGUCACUACAGCAAGAGUGGACAACCUGCUCUGGAGGAACUCACUGGGGAAGAUCCUGAGGCUCGGCGGCUGCGGACAGUGAAGAACAUUGCUGAUCUGCGGCAGAAUUUGGAGGAGACCAUGUCCAGUUUACGGGGAACUCAGGUUACACACAGCACGUUGGAAACCACUUUUGACACCAACGUCACCACAGAGAUAAGUGGCCGUAGCAUCCUCAGCUUGACAGGGAGGCCCACUCCUCUGUCCUGGAGACUUGGCCAGUCCAGUCCUCGGCUUCAGGCAGGAGACGCCCCCUCCAUGGGCAACGGGUACCCACCUCGAGCCAACGCCAGCCGGUUCAUCAGCACCGAGUCGGGCCGUUACGUGUACUCCGCCCCCCUGAGGAGGCAGCUGGCCUCCAGGGGCAGCAGCAUCUGCCACGUGGAUGUGUCAGACAAGGCAGGAGAUGAGGUGGACCUGGAAGGCAUCAGCAUGGAUGCCCCUGGCUACAUGAGCGAUGGGGACGUUCUCAGCAAGAACAUCCGAGCUGACGACAUUACCAGCGGGUACAUGACCGAUGGUGGACUUGGCCUCUAUACCCGUCGGCUGAACCGGCUCCCUGAUGGGAUGGCUGUGGUGCGUGAGACCCUGCAACGAAAUACCUCCCUGGGCCUUGGAGAUGCUGACAGCUGGGAUGACAGCAGCUCCGUCAGCAGCGGCAUCAGCGACACCAUAGACAACCUCAGCACCGAUGACAUCAACACCAGCUCCUCCAUCAGCUCCUAUGCCAACACACCAGCCUCCUCUCGGAGAAACCUGGAUGUGCAGACUGACGCUGAGAAACACUCACAGGUGGAGAGGAAUUCCCUGUGGUCUGGUGAUGACGUCAAGAAAUCAGACGGCGGGUCAGACAGCGGCAUAAAGAUGGAGCCCGGUUCCAAGUGGAGGCGGAAUCCCUCUGACGUGUCCGACGAGUCUGACAAAAGCACAUCGGGCAAGAGGAAUCCCGUCAUCUCCCAGACUGGCUCGUGGCGGCGAGGCAUGACAGCUCAGGUGGGCAUCACCAUGCCAAGGACCAAGCCGGCUGCCCCGGCGGGCACACUGAAGACCCCGGGAACUGGAAAAACAGACGAUGCAAAGGUGUCUGAGAAGGGGAGGCUUUCACCCAAAGCCUCCCAGGUGAAGCGCUCCCCGUCUGACGCAGGCCGCAGCAGUGGUGACGAAUCCAAAAAGCCCCUCCCCAGCAGCUCCAGGACACCUACCACCAACACCAAUAGCUUUGGGUUCAAGAAGCAGAGUGGUUCUGCUGCUGGGCUCACCAUGAUCACAGCCAGUGGGGCCACAGUCACCAGCAGGUCAGCCACACUGGGCAAAAUCCCAAAGUCAUCUGCACUUGUUGGUCGGUCGACUGGACGGAAAACGAGCAUGGAUGGGGCUCAGAAUCAGGACGAUGCAUAUCUGUCUCUCAGCUCCCGGACAAACUUGCAAUACCGGAGUUUGCCGAGGCCCAGUAAGUCCAACAGCAGGAAUGGGGCUGGGAACAGGUCUAGUACCAGCAGCAUAGAUUCCAACAUGAGCAGCAAGUCAGCAGGCCUGCCGGUGCCCAAGUUGAGGGAGCCCUCCAAAACGGCCCUGGGCAGCUCACUGCCAGGUCUGGUCAACCAGACGGAUAAGGAGAAAGGCAUCUCCUCGGACAAUGAAAGCGUGGCUUCCUGUAACUCUGUGAAAGUCAACCCCGUCGCCCAGCCUGUGCCCAGCUCAGCUCAGGCCACUCUCCAACCCGGGGCCAAGUACCCAGAUGUGGCCUCCCCCACGCUCCGCAGACUCUUUGGUGGGAAGCCUACCAAGCAAGUGCCCAUCGCCACAGCUGAAAACAUGAAAAAUUCGGUGGUCAUCUCCAAUCCUCAUGCCACCAUGAGCCAGCAAGGUAACUUAGACUCCCCCUCAGGCAGCGGCAUCCUGAGCAGUGGGGGCAGCAGCCCUCUCUACAGUAAGAACCUGGACCUCACCCAGUCUCCUCUAGCCUCCAGCCCCAGCUCAGCCCACUCGGGCCCUUCCAACAGCCUUACCUGGGGCACCACUGCCAGCAGCUCCUCAGCAGUUAGCAAGGACGGCCUGGGCUUCCAAUCUGUGAGCAGCCUGCACACCAGCUGCGAGUCCAUUGACAUCUCCCUCGGCAGUGGAGGGGGACUGAGCCACAAUUCCUCCACUGGCCUGAUCGCCUCCUCUAAGGACGACUCCCUGACGCCCUUUGUCCGAACCAGCAGUGUGAAGACCACACUGUCGGAAAGUGACCCGCACCUUGAUAGGAACACUUUGCCUAAGAAAGGACUCAGGUAUACUCCCACCUCCCAGCUUCGCACACAAGAAGAUGCAAAAGAAUGGUUAAGGUCCCACUCUGCUGGAGGCCUGCAAGACCCCGCUGCCAAUUCCCCUUUUUCCUCUGGCUCCAGUGUGACUUCUCCCUCUGGAACAAGAUUCAACUUUUCCCAGCUUGCGAGCCCCACCACUGUCACCCAGAUGAGCUUGUCCAACCCGACCAUGCUGAGGACCCACAGCCUGUCCAACGCUGAUGGGCAGUAUGAUCCGUAUACUGACAGCCGCUUCCGGAAUAGCUCCAUGUCCCUGGAUGAGAAGAGCAGAACCAUGAGCCGUUCGGGUUCCUUCCGGGAUGGGUUUGAGGAAGUUCAUGGCUCCUCACUCUCCUUGGUUUCCAGCACAUCGUCCAUUUAUUCAACGCCAGAAGAAAAAUGCCAGUCAGAGAUUCGCAAACUACGGCGGGAACUGGAUGCCUCCCAGGAGAAGGUUUCAGCAUUGACCACCCAACUGACAGCCAAUGCCCACCUCGUGGCAGCCUUUGAACAGAGUCUUGGAAACAUGACCAUCAGGCUCCAGAGUCUGACCAUGACAGCUGAGCAGAAGGAUUCAGAACUGAAUGAGUUAAGAAAAACCAUCGAGCUGCUCAAGAAACAGAACGCAGCUGCCCAGGCUGCCAUUAAUGGAGUAAUUAACACUCCAGAGCUCAACUGCAAAGGAAAUGGCACCUCCCAGCCCGCGGACCUCCGCAUCCGCAGGCAGCAUUCCUCUGACAGCGUCUCCAGCAUUAACAGUGCCACCAGCCACUCUAGCGUGGGCAGCAACAUAGAGAGUGACUCGAAGAAAAAGAAAAGAAAGAAUUGGGUCAAUGAGUUACGCAGCUCCUUCAAGCAAGCGUUCGGGAAGAAGAAGUCCCCCAAGUCGGCGUCCUCUCACUCGGACAUUGAGGAGAUGACAGAUUCUUCUUUGCCUUCCUCACCAAAGUUGCCCCAUAACGGAUCCACGGGCUCCACUCCUCUACUGAGGAAUUCUCACUCCAACUCUCUAAUUUCAGAGUGCAUGGAUAGUGAAGCCGAGACGGUCAUGCAGCUCCGAAAUGAGCUGAGAGACAAGGAGAUGAAGCUGACAGACAUCCGCCUGGAAGCACUCAGCUCUGCCCACCAGCUCGACCAGCUCCGGGAGGCCAUGAACAGGAUGCAGAGUGAAAUAGAGAAGCUAAAAGCUGAGAAUGACCGGCUGAAGUCAGAGUCUCAAGGCAGUGGCUGUAGCCGGGCCCCCUCCCAGGUGUCCAUCUCAGCCUCCCCAAGGCAGUCCAUGGGCCUCUCCCAGCACAGCCUGAACCUCACUGAGUCAACCAGCCUGGACUUGUUGCUGGAUGACACUGGUGAAUGCUCGGCUCGGAAGGAAGGAGGCAGGCAUGUUAAGAUAGUUGUCAGCUUUCAGGAGGAAAUGAAGUGGAAGGAGGAUUCCAGACCGCACCUCUUUCUUAUUGGCUGCAUUGGAGUUAGUGGCAAGACGAAGUGGGAUGUGCUCGAUGGGGUGGUUAGACGGCUGUUCAAAGAAUACAUCAUUCACGUGGACCCCGUGAGCCAGCUGGGGCUGAAUUCGGACAGCGUUCUCGGCUAUAGCAUCGGGGAGAUCCAGCGCAGCAGCACUUCCGAGACCCCCGAGCUCCUCCCCUGUGGCUACCUGGUGGGAGAGAACACCACCAUCUCAGUGACGGUCAGAGGACUCGCGGAAAACAGCCUGGACUCCCUGGUGUUCGAGUCCCUGAUCCCCAAGCCCAUCCUGCAGCGCUACGUCUCCCUGCUCAUAGAGCACCGGCGGAUCAUCCUCUCUGGCCCCAGCGGCACUGGGAAAACCUACCUAGCCAACCGGCUGUCAGAGUAUGUGGUGCUUCGAGAGGGACGGGAAUUGACAGACGGGGUCAUUGCCACCUUUAACGUGGACCAUAAGUCCAGCAAGGAAUUGCGGCAGUACCUGUCCAACCUUGCCGAUCAGUGCAACAGUGAGAACAAUGCUGUGGACAUGCCCCUCGUCAUCAUCCUGGACAACCUGCAUCACGUCAGCUCUCUGGGCGAGAUCUUCAAUGGGCUGCUCAACUGCAAGUACCACAAAUGCCCUUACAUCAUUGGCACAAUGAACCAGGCUACCUCUUCUACUCCCAACCUCCAGCUUCAUCAUAACUUCAGGUGGGUGCUUUGUGCCAACCACACGGAGCCCGUGAAGGGUUUCCUUGGCCGGUUCCUGAGGAGGAAGCUCAUGGAAACGGAGAUCAGUGGGCGGGUGCGGAAUGUGGAGCUGGUGAAAAUCAUCGACUGGAUUCCUAAGGUCUGGCAUCACCUCAACCGCUUCCUGGAGGCUCACAGUUCCUCAGACGUCACCAUCGGCCCCCGGCUCUUCCUGUCAUGCCCCAUCGAUGUGGAUGGCUCACGAGUGUGGUUCACUGACCUGUGGAACUACUCCAUUAUCCCUUACCUCCUGGAAGCCGUGAGAGAAGGACUCCAGCUCUACGGAAGGCGUGCCCCCUGGGAGGAUCCUGCCAAAUGGGUGAUGGACACCUACCCAUGGGCAGCCAGCCCGCAACAGCAUGAGUGGCCUCCCCUGCUUCAGCUACGGCCUGAGGAUGUCGGCUUCGAUGGCUACUCCAUGCCUCGUGAGGGAUCCACAAGCAAGCAGGUGCCCCCCAGCGAUGCUGAAGGAGACCCGUUGAUGAACAUGCUGAUGAGGCUGCAGGAGGCAGCCAACUACUCCAGUCCGCAGAGCUAUGACAGCGACUCCAACAGCAACAGCCAUCAUGACGACAUCCUGGACUCGUCCUUAGAGUCCACUCUGUGACAGGGGCCCAGCCUGGAGCCUGCCCUCUUCCUUGCCCCAUCCUCCUGCAUCCUCCACAUCAUCCUGAAGACAACUUCCUGAGCCAGCCCCCGGCCGCAGCUGCAAGCUGCAGAAAUACUGAGACCCUUCGACUCAGCCUCUACCUGGGUGCAAGCAUCCUGGGCCAGCCACCCGGGGACCACUUCCUUCCACAGUGAGAUCUGCACUACCUUCUAUCUACUCUAAUUCUUGUUUUGCCUUGUUGCUGUGACCUCCCUAAGACACUGAAGAUGCUUCUCGGGAAAGGAUCGUCACCAUUGAAAUGAAAAGUUUUCAAAAGAACCCACUGGAAGCUCAGAAACCAAACAGCAUCCUGCUGCGAGCUGCCCAGAGACAGAAGAGACUUGAACAAAGUUGGAAAUGUAGAUAGCACGGCUUCUCCUCAGCACAGGCCCUCCAGACUGGGCCUCGCUGCCUGCGCCACAGACAUACCCACCUGCCCUCCCAUCCAGCUGGCCAUGCCACGGAAGAACUAACUGGUGCUAACUAGGGCACUUGCUAUGGUCACCCUUAAAACCCUUAGGAGAAAACACGUGCUUUUCUGUUUUUAAAUGGUGCUCUCCUUCCCUGAGAGGUAUUUUGCCUGUUCCAAUUCAGCCCCCCACUUUGGGUCCAUCUGCCCCCACAUUGUCCAUGCGAGUGCGUGAGGGAGUACGAAUGAGAACCAGCAGGUGUGGUUGUGCACGCAGAACCACGUGUGUCUCUUUCCUUUACUGUAUCUAAAUGAAUCAGGUUGGUCGUUUUGUUUUGUUUUGUUUUCCUGCAAACACUGUGUAUACGUGAGAAUUGCUCUAUUUUGGAGAACUGGCAACCCCUCUAAAAUGAGGAUAAAUUUCUCCCUUUGCCACUCAUUCCUUUUGAAGAUUCCCCUCCCCCCUCUGGGUCAGAAUCAAUCCUUUGGUGACGGGACAAGCCGCGGGGGUGGAGUUUUGGUUGGUCCCGCUGGGUUUGGGUUUUCAGUUGUCCAUCUUCACGGUUCCACGCGCUCGCCUCCUCCUGCUGCAGCUGGCGGUACUGCGUCCUUGAAGAUGGACGGGGACCGGUCCUCCUCGUGCGGGCGAGCCGCAGACCUUGCCUUCCCUUUUCGUCUCUGAGGGUUGAAGACGCACUUCGACGCCUCGAGCACCCAGCCCCAGCGCAGCUGGGGUGGGGAGGUCACCUCACAGAAGACUUGCACUUUCCUCAGAACCAACGUGGUGCAGCUCAGUCAGGGCGGCGGCCGCUGCCUCCCCGGAGCCCAGCCCUGCCCUCCGCCGGGCGGAGCCGUGCCUGACCUCUCGGUGCUGCCCUUCCCAAAGCGAUGCCUUACUGGGUUUGUACUAACCGAGUUCAUUCACGUGAGUGUUGUGCCUGCCUGGGGUUUUUGUUUGUUUUGUUUUCCGCAUAAAAGCAAACAGGGCUAAAAAGUCAUGUGUUCAUUAGGAGAACUCAAGUUGCUGCGACCUCUCUCAUCCAAAAGACUCAUUUGUGUGGAUGCUUGACCAUGAGAAAAAGAAAAGGAAAAAAAAAAUCAUCUAUGUUUUAAGUUCUUGUCAGUCUCCAGCUGACAUUCUGGCUGGAUGGUGCUCUGGCUCCCGCAGGAAAAGGCAGGAGCUCCCACCAGGUCACACCCUCUUGCUGACACACACCCUAAGGGAAAGCCCUGUCUGCCACCUCUUCAGCACGCUGGGAUUUUCUUUAUGUGUGUGUGGUAUUUCUUUCAGUUGUUUUUUUGUUGGUUUGUUUGUUUGGUUGGUUGGGUUUUUUUUUUGUUUUUUUUUUUUUUUUCUGUUUUGUUUGUUUGAAGAAACUCUUUAUCAGGCCUCAGUGAGGGCAUCCUUGUUGAUGAUCAGGGUUUUUAUUCCAUCUUUUACAUUUCUCUUUCUGAAGGUUUGUUCAUUCAUUUCUUGACCCGAAACUGCUCACAUCAUUUGGAAUGACACCACUUUCUUCCUCUUUGAAAGGAAUGUGCCCCACUAACUGGUGAACAGAAAAACCUUUCAACGCUGUCCCUGCUUCAGGCUCAGUAAACUCAGAUUCUUUUCUGCUCGGUCUUCCUUAGCCAUCUGGGUGUUAAUAUUCUUGUUUUUGUUUUGAGUAAAACUUUGAGUCCAUAUACUUAGCCUGUGUCCAAGGGUCAAACUCUGAGCCUUUUGGUAAGCCUGAAGGGUGACCCUUCUCAGACAAUUUAUCUCCCAGCAUUGACCUUAUACUCUCAUACUGUGAAUUUGGGGAGGAGGUUAACUUGACCUUCUCAUGGGCAGUUUUCCCAGUCACCCUGUGAGUAGACACCUGCCAAUACUGUUUGAAACAUGUUUUCUUCAAUGACACCCUCUUUUCUCUUUUUCUCCCUCAUCCCAGACUUCCCUUCCACUGGGUCCAGGCUCAAAACCAAGACCUCUGUGCCUGGUUCUGCCUGAUGAGUGAGCAGUGAUUCCACAUAGCGAACCCUUGUGUGAUUCACAACUCAGUGUCCUUCCUAACAUUGCGGGAAGCAGGGUUGUCUAAUAGUAUGCACAUUUCUUAUUUUGGUCAUAUUUUUAUGUCAGUGUCACUCACCUUUGACAAAGUGACUUUGUACUCGUUUAGGGCUCUGUCUGAAAUGCUUCCAUUUUGCCUUUUUCUACAGUUAGGCUAAUUUUGAAAUGUAUGAAAUUCUAUGCAACAUUUAUGUUGAGUUACCAAUGGAAGCCAAAAGUUUUCUUCCCAAACUGCCAAGAAUUAUACAGGCCAUAAAUGAGAUGGGAAUAAACCUUUUAAUUUAAGGUUGGGGAUGGGGUGGGGUGGGACAAGGAACAAGACUUGCCUAGACUCUUGUUGUAUCUUGGGGACAUUUUUAAUUUUAUUGUUUAAUGCUUAAACUUCAAAAUUCUGUGUAUUCAAAUUUGAUUGUGGUGAAAUCUAUUUCAAAAGGAAAAAAAUAAUCCAACUUUGUGGAUAUUCAACAGAAGGUUUGCUGUUUUGAUCUAAUUGUUUCCAGUGGAGCAGAUUAUGAAAUAUGUUCUAUAAGAUGUACAUUUUUUCAUUGUAACAUAGAAAUUGUAAAUAAUUGAUUAAAGUGCUGCAUUUUGAUGAAUUUUUUCUAGCCAUUUUUAAAGAGAAAACUAGGAAUUGAGUAUUUUGUGUACGGUAUGUUUCCACCCUCCCUUCCCUUCUCCUUCCCCCCCUCCCUAUUUAAUUUUCAUUUGUCAUGAGGUUUUUGGAUUUGCCAAUGAUCUGCUGGAGAUCAUGCCCCACGUCAUAGAGAAUAAAACUGAUGAUUGUACCAGUCUUAAAUUAUUCAUGAUUCAAUAAAAUUGAUGCUUAUUUAUUCAGA